UAUCUUGUAUCUACCUACAACCUAUGGUCACUAAUAUCUACCCACAGCCUAUAUUCAAUAAUAUCCACCCACAGCCUAUAUUCAAUAAUAUCCACCCACAGCCUAUAUUCAAUAAUAUCUACCCACAGCCUAUAUUCAAUAAUAUCUACCCACAGCCUAUAUUCAAUGAUAUCCACCCACAGCCUAUAUUCAAUAUCUACCCACAGCCUAUAUUCAAUAACAUCUACCCACAGCCUAUAG